AUGGGUUCGCCGAUUUCGGGAUUCAUCGCCGAGGCGGUCCUGCAACGGUUAGAGUCGCUGAUCUUCCAACACCACAAACCGGAGUUCUGGGCCCGGUAUGUGGAUGAUACCUUCGUCGUUAUCGAUCGGGAUCAACCGCUGACAUUCAAGGAACGUCUGAAUGCGGUCGUCCCGGACAUACAAUUUACGAUGGUGGAGGAAGAGAACAACCAGCUGGCCUUCCUGGAUGUCCUCGUAUGCCGCAAAGAUUGUGGUGGUCUAAAGACCAAAGUGUUCAGGAAAGCGAUAAAUACGAUGCAAGUACUGAACUUCAACAGCAACCACCCAAUCAGCCACAAACGCAGUCGUGUAAGGACGCUCUAUCGGCGUGUCGAAACGUUCUGCAGUGAGCCGGAAAACAAAAUUGCCGAACUACAAUAA